CCGCUCUCUCUCUGGCUCGCUCGCUUGCUGUGCUUCCCUCUGUUCUAGGGCUCCGGGUGGAAGUCUGGAGGUGCUGUGUCGGGGUGCGGGUCUGCGCGCGGCGGAUCUCCGAGAACCAUGCCUGAGGUCGCGGAUACCUGCUCUUUGGCCUCUCCGGCCUCUGUCUGCCAGACCAAGCACCUCCACCUGCGGUGCAGCGUGGACUUCGCUCGCCGGACGCUGACCGGGACCGCGGCGCUUACCGUGCAGUCUCAGGAGGACAAUCUGCGCAGCCUGACUUUGGAUACGAAAGACCUUACAAUAGAAAAAGUGGUGAUCAAUGGACAAGAAGUCAAAUAUACUCUUGGAGAAAAACAAAGUUACAAAGGAUCACCGAUGGAAAUCUCCCUUCCUAUCGCUCUGAGCAAAAAUCAAGAGGUUGUGAUAGAAAUUUCUUUUGAGACCUCUCCAAAGUCUUCUGCUCUGCAGUGGCUCACUCCUGAACAGACUUCUGGGAAGCAGCACCCCUAUCUCUUCAGUCAGUGCCAGGCCAUCCACUGCAGAGCAGUUCUUCCUUGCCAAGACACCCCUUCUGUAAAAUUGACCUACACUGCAGAGGUGUCUGUCCCUAAAGAAUUGGUGGCACUUAUGAGCGCAAUCCGCGAUGGAGAAGCACAUGACCCUGAAGACCCAAGCAGGAAAAUAUAUAGAUUCAGCCAAAAAGUUCCCAUACCUUGCUACCUGAUCGCUUUAGUUGUUGGAGCUUUAGAAAGCAGGCAAAUUGGCCCAAGAACCUUGGUGUGGUCUGAGAAAGAGCAGGUGGAAAAGUCUGCUUAUGAAUUUUCUGAGACUGAGUCUAUGCUUAAGAUUGCAGAAGACCUGGGAGGGCCAUAUGUAUGGGGGCAGUACGACCUGUUGGUUCUGCCCCCAUCCUUCCCUUACGGUGGCAUGGAGAACCCUUGCCUUACUUUCGUAACUCCUACUCUACUGGCAGGUGAUAAGUCACUCUCCAAUGUUAUCGCACACGAGAUAUCUCAUAGCUGGACAGGAAACCUAGUGACUAACAAAACUUGGGAUCACUUUUGGUUAAACGAAGGACAUACUGUGUAUUUAGAGCGCCACAUUUGUGGACGGUUAUUUGGUGAGAAGUUCAGGCAUUUCCAUGCUCUGGGAGGCUGGGGAGAACUUCAGAAUACGGUAAAUAAGUUGUUAGAGGUGUUUCUAGGAUUCUUAAAGGCUUAUGUUGAGAAAUUUUCCUACAAGAGUAUAACCACUGAGGACUGGAAGAAUUUCCUAUAUUCCCACUUUAAAGAUAAGGUUGAUGUUCUCAAUCAAGUUGAUUGGAAUGCCUGGCUCUAUUCUCCCGGCUUGCCUCCUGUCAAGCCUAAUUAUGAUAUGACUCUGACAAAUGCUUGUAUUGCCUUAAGUCAGAGAUGGAUUACUGCCAAAGAAGAGGAUUUAAGUUCCUUUAGCAUCACAGACCUGAAAGAUCUCUCUUCCCAUCAGUUGAAUGAAUUUUUAGCACAGAUGCUCCAAAAAGCACCUCUUCCAUUGGGGCACAUAAAGCGAAUGCAAGAGGUGUACAACUUCAAUGCCAUUAACAAUUCUGAAAUACGAUUCAGAUGGUUACGGCUCUGCAUUCAAUCCAAGUGGGAGGAAGCGAUUCCUUUGGCUCUAAAAAUGGCAACUGAACAAGGAAGGAUGAAAUUUACACGACCCUUAUUCAAGGAUCUUGCUGCCUUUGACAAAUCCCAUGAUCAAGCCAUCCACGUCUACCAGGAGCACAGAGCCAGUAUGCAUCCUGUGACUGCAAUGCUGGUGGGGAGAGAUUUAAAAGUGGAUUAAGGACCUGCCUAUUGCUGAUUUCAAAAUUUUCCAUUUUUAAAAUUGAAUCUAUGAAGAAAUACAAGAUUUUAGCUGUCAUUUUAAUUAAAAAUGUCUUCAGUUUUGUUUUGUUUUUUUUUUCAUUUUUCUCAGUGAUUUUGCUACCUUUUUAAAAUAGUGGUAUGUUCUUUGUAAAGUAAAUUUUACUGAACUUAAAUCUUUUGAUUUGCA